UACAUGUGUUGCUGGUCUAGGUCUCCCUGAUCUGGUUCCUGAUCCGGACUACAUCCAGACCGGCAGCUACGUGCAGAGGAUGCCGAUGUACAGCCUCCGCUGUGCUGCCGAGGAGAACUGCCUGGCCUCCUCCUCCUCCUCCUCUCAUCACUAUGACACCCGGGUGUUGCUGCGGUUCCCUCAGCGGGUGAAGAAUCAGGGAACAGCUGACUUCCUGCCCAGUAGACCUCGAUACGAGUGGGAGUGGCACAGCUGCCAUAACCACUUCCACAGCAUGGACGACUUCAGCCUGUACGAGCUGCUGGAGGUCGGCUCCGAGAGACGAGUGGCCGAGGGACACAAGGCCAGCUUCUGUCUGGAGGACACGUCAUGUGACCCGGGGUACUACCGCCGCUACGCCUGCACCUCCCACACACAGGGCCUGUCCCCCGGGUGCUAUGACACCUACAACGCCGACAUCGACUGUCAGUGGAUCGACAUCAGCGACGUCUCUCCGGGGAAAUACGUCCUCAAGGUGACGGUGAACCCCAAGCAGAACGUCCCAGAGUCCGACUUCAACAACAACGUGGUCCGCUGUGACGUCCAGUACACCGGCACCGCCGCACACGUGACCGACUGCACCACCACCCGCUGAGACGCAUUCUGAGGUUUGAUCUGGAGAUUUGAUGGAAGAAAUAAAGACUCAGCAAAGCCACAGGAUGAAGAUAUAUAAGGAGUCCAUAAACACGCGUGUGUGUUCCAUGUAUAAACACGUGUGUGUGUGAUCUGAAGCGGCCUUCUCGUGUGUUCUGUCUGACUAAAAUAUAAAUAAGUGCAAAAUAAAUACGUAGUGACUAAAA